AAGGUCUAGCUCCUUCGAAGGCAUAUCGUCAAUUCCGUGACCAUAUCCAUGUCAAAAUCUCGGUAUACGUAUUGCAGGGCCCCAAACUGCGAAGGGGGCGCUUAAUGGCUUGAUCCUGCUCGAAUUACUAUGUUACCAUGAGAUGGAUUCAUCUAGGCUGACUUGACCUUAGCCCCUUUCCCGGGGGACAGCAUAGUUAAAUGGUACCACCGAGGAUAUUGUUGCUCUUAGGGCUGGACGGGGGCUCUGUAGAAAUUCGUGUUAUUUAAUAAGUACGACUGGGAUUCCUCCGGAGUCCAGAGCUUGCUAGAUCAUCCGCCGUUUGUGCACUACCGGUAGGUAUUCAACUAGCACUUUGACGCAAUCCGGCGAAUAGCUAGAGCCCGCGAUCUAGAGUUGUUGGCGCCAGCGCGAGCAGAUAGGACUAUGGCGCGUUCCACCGCAUUCCAAGCCAUUGCUGGCAUCGUACUCGCCUUCUGCUCUGUAGCAAGAGCUUCCCCGGAUCAAACUCUGUGCAAUACGAUCAAGUUAAAGCUUGGCAACGGUACCGUCGAAGCUACAGAUGGCAUUUACGAAGCUCUGAGCACUGAAAAUUGGUCGCAAACCGUCUGGGCAAAGCCAGCAUGCAUCAUCCAACCUUCUAAUACCAAAGAGCUCACAUAUGUCGUCUCGACCGUAGUAGGCCAGAAAGCGAAGUUCGCUGUGCGCUCUGGCGGACACUCGGUCGUCAAGGGGGCCGCGAAUAUCGAUGGAGGAGUUUUGAUCGACAUGGCAAGGUUCGACUCUGUGGAAUAUGAUGCGAACAAGAAAGUCGCCACGGUAGGCUCUGGACUUCGAUGGAAAGAAGUCUACACUGCCUUGGACCCUUACAACGUGACCGUAGUUGGGGGCAGAGUCCUAGAAGUGGGUGUUGGUGGCUUGGUCCUUGGAGGUGAGUUUGAUUCCCCUAUCAUUUCAGCUAUGCUGAACGAACCACUAACGAGUGCCAUAGGGGGUCUUUCUUAUCUGGCUGAUCUCUAUGGGUUGGUUUGUGAUAAUGUAGUCAAUUUUGAGGUUGUCACCGCAAAGGGAACAGUUGUGAAUGCAAGCGCAACAUCUCAUCCGGAUUUAUUCUGGGCUCUAAAGGGUGGAGCUAACAACUUUGGCAUUGUUACCAAGUUCACAUUGAAAGCUUACGACAUCCACGAUGCAUGGGGCGGCGUCAGGGUGUAUUCGCUUGAUGCCCUGCCAGCGCUGUUUGACGCCAUGUACGAGUACCAAUCAGUUGCGAACAAGGACCCGUAUGCGAACAUCAUGUUGCAGGCUUUCCCGACCAAUGCGAGCAUCGGUGCCAUCUUGAACGUCGUGUACCUGAAGCCUGAGGAGGAACCGGAAGCAUUUGCACCUUUCCGAAACAUCACACCUCUAGCUGAUCUGACCAAACUCCAAACACUAACUGAGCUCAUGCUCGCGGCGCCUGUCCCUGAACUGACCCGUGUGAACUGGUUCAGCUCGAGCUUCGCGACAGACAAACAGUUAUUCGGUGAAGUCGCUGAUAUCUUGACCAAAGCCCCAGAGCUUGAGGAACUCGCCAAUCUGACCGCGGGAUCAUUGGCUUUCGGAUGGCAGCCAAUUUCAAGUAGCGCCGUGCUCGCGGGACAUUCCAGCGGUGGAAAUCCGCUAGGGUUACAACCCGUGAACCAGACCUGGCUCGUAUUAGAUGUGGGCUGGUGGAAACCGGAAGACGACGAGCUUGCGCAUAACUACACGCUCAGCAUGAUUAAUAAGAUCGACGACGCAUCCAAGAGCAGCGGAAACUACGUCGAUUACAUAUUCAUGAACGACGCGGCUGCCGAUCAGCCCGUGAUCGAACAUUACGGACAAGAAAACGUGGCGAAGCUGAAGGCCACAGCGCAGAAGUACGACCCUGACCAAGUCUUCCAGAACCUGGCUUCAGGGGGGUUCAAGUUACCUUGAGGUCCAAGGAUAUUUCUUUGGUAGUCCUGCAAGGCCGAUGUAACCUAGCCUGGCCAAUGAUAGAAAAAAAGAACUUCCAAAAUGGUAAUGUAUAUUGUAUAUAUUAAGAUACCCUUAUGCUGACAUCCGUCGGCUUCAUGUGUUGUGUACGAAUAUAUCAUGUAUAGGUAUAGUAGGAUAGGUAUGUAGCGCUUUGAGCUCUUGGAAGUUCCAUGGCGUGUCUGUCAAAGCUAUAUCCUAUUCAGGC